AUGGCGACGACCACAUCUCCCCCUCCAACAGGGCCCAACCCCAUGGCCGCCCACCUCCUUGCCCGAACUCACCCAACCUACACCUUCACCUUCACACCCUUCCUGCAGAAAACCUACCAACACUCCCUCCCCGCCGACCGCCCAGUCUGCAAAGCCUACCAAACCGGCUCCUGCCCACUUAAAUCCCACUGUCCCGAGCGCCACACCCUCCUCCCGUCUACCGCCAAUGCCAACAACGGCAAAGACCCCCAAACUGGAACUGGCGGCGGCGGCGGCGGGUUUGGCUCUUUGGUAUGCAAGCACUGGCUCCGCGCGCUCUGCAAGAAAGGCGAGACGUGUGAGUUCCUGCACGAGUACAACCUGCGCAAGAUGCCCGAGUGCAACUUUUUUGUUCGCAACGGGUACUGCAGCAACGGGGAUGAGUGCCUCUACUUGCACAUCGACCCCUCCUCGAGGGUGCCCCCGUGUCCGGCGUACGAAAGGGGGUUUUGUCCCGCCGGGCCCAAGUGUGAUAAGAAGCAUGUUAAGCGGAAAAUGUGUCCGUAUUAUCUGGCCGGGUUUUGUCCCGAGGGGAAGGCGUGUAAAGAGGGGGCGCAUCCGAAGUGGGUCGGGGAUAAGGAGUUAGAGAAGUUGAUGGGGAAGGAGGAGAAGAAGGAUAAUGCUGGGACAGAGGGGCAGCAGCAACAGGGGCAGGUAAGUGGGCAGCAGGAUGAGAAGGAGAAGGAGAAGGAGCGGGAGGCUAGGGAGCGGGAAGAGAGGGAGAGGACGGAGAGGGGAGAGGGAGAGGGAGCGGCAUGA